UAACUUUCUUCAAUGAGCCACCCAGUACACUGCUCACGUCCCGAGUUACGUAUACAGUGCUGUGGUAUAAAAUGCGGGGCUACCCGGGGGAAGGCACCAGUUCAUCCUCGGACUCCGCGCAUCCUCAUCCAAGCAACCAACCAUGAACAGCAAAAUUGUAGUAUUCAUCUGCGUAGUAGGUGUCGCUUCCGCCAGCGUCCUAGCCCCAGUACCAGUAGCGGCGCGAGUAGCCGACGUCCUCCCUCAGUACUCCUACGGCUACGACGUCCAAGACUCGCUCACCGGAGACUACAAAGGCCACCAGGAACAGAGAAACGGAGACUUAGUCACCGGCUCGUAUGCGGUCGUAGACCCUGAUGGUACGAGGCGGAUUGUGGACUACACUGCCGAUCCUUUAAAUGGAUUCAACGCUGUUGUACGUCGUGAACCAUUGGUCGUCGCUGCUGCGAAGGUUAUUGCCCCAGCUCCGUUUGUAGCCCCGGCCCCAGUUGUAGCCCCUGCACCAGUUGUAGCCCCGGCUUACGCGAGAGCGCCCCUUUUCGCCCCAGGUCCCGCACCAUUGUUAGCCCCAAGACUACCAUACUACUUGUAGAUUAAAUAAUACAAUUUUGUUGUGUUGCUGUAUAUAACUGUUAAUUGAUUAAGGCUUUUUUAUAAUUGUUAUUUAUACUAUUAAAUGUAUUGAAAUUUA